AUCACGCUCAGUCUCAUCGAGAACGCAGACGUUCAUUCGGCCUCUUCUUCCAGAGGAUUGGUCUAGAUUUGAUCUCCACGCAAAACGGAUUCAACUUCUCUAUCUGGUGGACACCGCGCUUGGUGGUGCUGACUCCAGUAAGAAUACCGUGUGCAAAGUGCUUGCGCUCCGAUUGGCCACAUUAUCCGUUACGCCGUUCUCCAAUAUGCUCAGCCUCAAUCUCUCUUGCGAGGGCUGGAACUUCAAAUACGUACCGCUCUUCCUUGGCCCCAAUCUCACCAUGUUGAGGAUAUUUCCGCGUCCGACAUGUAGUGAAGAAUCUGUAACUUCGUUCUUUGCCAACAUUCCUCAAAUUUCCCCGCAACUAUCUCUGCUGAUGUUACGUGGCACUGUUCGAUGGUCUGCUUCACUGUCGCACGCCUUGGGGAGCUUACGGUGUCUUGAGUCAUUAUGCGUAGACGUGUCACAAGACUCCAUGAUAGGCUAUCUCCUGCUCGGACUCUGCCACCUUCCUUCGUUAAGGGAUCUUACCGUAUUCUACCUAUGCGACGACCCCAGAACGUUGGAAGGGAAUGGGAGGAAGUAGGCCGUUGGGUUGGGACGCUCGUCGAGGUUCGCAGACAGGAGAGAGAGCGGCUCACUGGCAGGUCUCCAGAUGGCGCGUCCGGAAAUACAAGGCUGCUGUCGACAUGCUAACAUGGUGAGGCAGCUGCGUCGCACGUGGUUCCCAAAGGGUGGAUUACACAGGUAACCUUGUCUCG